AUGGUGGUGCACCACCCUAUUCAGCAUACCUUCUUCUUCUUCAUGCUCCUUUUCUCCUUCCCAAAUUAUUCACAAUCUUUAACCAAUCAUGAGGAUGAUGAAAGGGGUAUUUUACUUAGCAUAAAACAAGAGUACUGGGGAAAUCCAUCUUCACUUGAGCAAUGGAACUCCACUUCCUCCCCAUGUGACUGGCCUGGAAUUUCAUGCAACUCCAAUGGAAGUGUCACACGGAUAUCUCUCUCCGAAAUGAACAUCGGAGGAUCAUUCCCAGCCUCAACUAUUAUAUGCCAGCUCAACAACCUUGUUUCAAUCAAUUUCAGUUCCAAUACUCUCUUUGGAACUAUACCAGCUAACCUCUCCAGCUGCUCAAAGCUUGAAACCUUGGAUCUAUCCACAAAUGAUUUGACAGGAAAAAUACCAGCAGAUUUAUGUACAACUCUUGUGGAAUUGGACUUGUCUUCCAACGAAUUAUCAGGUGUGGUCCCUGAGACCCUUGGUGGUUGCUCAUCCUUGGAACUUCUAGAUCUAUCCAACAAUACAUUCUCUGGUGAGUUGCAUGUUGAAACCCUACUAAAUUUGACUAGCUUGAAGACAUUGGUUUUAUCGUUCAAUAAUUUUGUUGGUAGCUUAUCUCACUCAUUUUCUAGCUUGGUAAACUUAGAGACCUUAGAUUUGAGUUCUAAUAACAUCUCUGGUUUGAUACCCUCUGGGAUUUGUAAAGACCCUAAGAAUAGCUUGAAAGUGUUGUACCUUCAGAACAACAUGUUCACUGGUCCAAUACCUGAGAGUCUAAGUAACUGUUCCCAAUUGGAAUCUCUUGAUCUUGACUUUAAUUACCUUAAAGGGAAUUUACCAUCUAGCCUCGGGUCCUUGUUGAAGCUCAAGGAUUUGAUGAUUUGGUCUAAUGAGCUUGAGGGGGAAAUCCCAUUGGAGUUAAGGUACUUGCAGUCUUUGGAAAAUCUGAUUCUUGAUUUCAAUGACUUGUCAGGGUCAAUCCCUGAAACUCUCAGCAACUGUACUAAUUUGAAAAGCAUUUUUUUGUCGGAUAAUUUGUUGAGUGGUGCUAUACCAGCUUCAUUAGGGCUCUUGUCUAAUCUAACUAUUCUGGAGCUCGCAAACAACUCCCUCUCUGGGAGCAUUCCUGUCGAGUUGGGGAAUUGCAGCAGGUUAUUUGGGUUGGAUAUGAACACCAAUUUCUUGAAUGGGUCUAUUCCAAAAGAAUUAGGAUCCAUGCAGUAUCUCCAUUUUCUGAAUUUAGGGCAUAAUCAUCUCUCUGGUCCAAUACCUCAACAACUUGGAGGCUUGAAGAAUGUUGAACGCCUUUAUCUAUCACACAACCGACUCAAUGACUCAAUUCCACAAACUUUGACCAAUCUCAUAUAUCUUUCGGAUCUUGAUCUGUCUAAUAACCAACUUUCUGGAAUGAUACCUUGUUCAUGUCAAUUUCCAAGAUUUACUAGAGAAUCGUUUGCGAAUAAUUCUGGCCUUUCUCAAUGCCGUCAUCCUCAGGAUUGCCAAAAACCUAAGUCUAGCAGAUCAAAGAAAAAGCAUUACAUCAUUAUAGGUUGUGGUGUAAUUGCAGGGGUACUUAUUUGGUUAGUAACUCAGUUACUCGUGACCAAACUUACAGGGAAAGGGAGAAUGGAAAAUGAUGGAGAAGAAUGGAGUAUGGUUUCAUUUCAAAGAUUGGGAUUUAAUAAAUGGGAUAUAUUGAGUGGUUUGACAGAUCAAAAUUUGGUUGGAAAUGGGGGGUCAGGAAAAGUAUAUAGAGUGAUCACCAAGAAAGGCGAUAGAGUUGCUGUUAAAAGUAUACGGCAUGAACGAAACGAAGGCCACAUUUUGGAGAAGCAGUUUAUAGCAGAGGUUAAGAUUCUUGGGGGAAUUUGGCACAACAACAUAGUGAAAUUGUUAUGUUGCAUCAGAGGAAAGACAACAAAGCUUCUUGUGUAUGAAUACAUGGACAAACAAUGUGUUCACAAAUGGUUGCAUGGAAAGAAGAGAGGCUUAACUACUCAAGUCUUGCAGUGGGAGAGGAGGCUAAAAAUUGCCAUUGGAGCUUCACAAGGGCUAUGCUAUAUGCAUCACAGUUGCAGUCCGCCCAUUGUUCAUAGAGAUAUCAAGUCUAGUAACAUACUCGUCGACUCAGACUUCAAUGCUAAGAUUGCGGAUUUUGGAUUGGCAAAGAUGAUGGCGAGUGAAGGAGAUCCAGAAACAGCAUCUGCUAUUGUGGGAACCUUUGGUUACAUUGCCCCGGAAUAUGGCAGUACAAGAAAAGUGGAUGCGAAGAGCGAUAUCUACAGCUUUGGCGUAGUUCUCUUGGAAUUAACAACUGGAAGAGAAGCCGUGCCUGCAAAUGAGGAUAUGAACCUGGCACAAUUGGCACACAAACACCAAAGAGAAGGGAACUCAGCUGUAGAUGCCCUAGAUGAGGAGAUCAAGGACCCACGUUAUCUGGAGGCAAUGAUCGCUGUUUUCAAAUUAGGCCUUGCAUGCACUUUGAAUUCCCCAUCAAGCAGGCCGUCCAUGAAAGAUAUUGCACAGAUUCUUCAAAGAUACAGCGAAAACACUCAUCUGUCUUUAGAGAACCAAUAG